GCGCGGCCCGUGGGCCGCAGGGCCCCCCGCGCCGGGGCCGUUCGGGGGCCGUACAGCGUCGUCAUGGUGACGAGCGACUCCUUCGAUGGAAGGCUGACGUUUUAUCCAGGCAGUCUCACUGUGACUUUGCCUUUUGUAAAUCUCAUGAAAAAACAUGGCACACUCUUUCUCAAUGCUUAUACCAAUUCUCCAAUUUGUUGUCCCUCCCGGGCAGCUAUGUGGAGCGGUCUCUUCACUCAUUUAACUGAAUCUUGGAAUAACUUCAAAGGCCUGGAGUCAAACUACACAACAUGGAUGGACCUCAUGCAGAAACAUGGCUACUAUACCCAAAAAUAUGGGAAAGUGGACUAUACUUCAGGACAUCACUCACUGAGCAACCGUGUGGAAGCUUGGACUAGAGAUGUUGAUUUCCUACUUCGACAAGAAGGCAGACCAAUGGUGAAUCUUACUGGUAAUAAGACGUAUGUGAGAGUGAUGGAAGAAGAUUGGCAGAAUACUGAUAAAGCAGUAUAUUGGAUAAGGAAAAAAGCCACUAAUUUUACUCAGCCAUUUGUUCUGUACUUGGGUUUAAAUUUACCACACCCAUAUCCAUCGCCUUCUGCAGGGGAAAAUUUUGGGUCCUCUACAUUUAAAACAUCUCCCUAUUGGCUUGAAAAGGUAAUGUAUGAAGCCAUUAAAAUUCCAAAAUGGAUUCCCCUUUCAGAUAUGCACCCAAUAGACUAUUAUUCUUCUUAUACCAAGAACUGCACUGGGCACUUUACAGAGAAAGAAAUCAGAGAUAUCAGAGCUUUUUAUUAUGCUAUGUGUGCAGAGACAGAUGCCAUGCUUGGUGAAAUCAUUUUGGCUCUGAGGGAUACAGGACUUCUUAAAAGAACCAUUAUUAUAUUCACUGCAGAUCAUGGAGAACUAGCUAUGGAACAUCAGCAGUUUUAUAAAAUGAGCAUGUAUGAAGGAAGUUCCCAUGUUCCUCUUCUAGUAAUGGGGCCAAAUAUUAAAGCACAACGUCAUGUAUCAAAUGUGGUCUCACUUGUGGAUAUUUAUCCUACCAUGCUCGAUAUAGCUGGAAUCCCUCUCCCUCAAAACCUCAGUGGGUAUUCCCUGAUGCCUCUGUUAUCUGAAAAGGCAGAAGAUGAAACCUUAUCCAGAAGCCCACAUCCAACAUGGGUACUAAGCGAGUUCCACGGAUGCAAUGUGAAUUCUUCCACCUAUAUGCUUCGAACUGACAAAUGGAAAUAUAUUGCAUAUUCAAAUGAUCACUCUAUUCCUCCUCAGCUCUUUGACCUUUUUGCUGAUCCGGAUGAACUAACAAACGUAGCUACAACAUACGGGGAAGUAGCACAGUCCUUGGAGAAAAAACUUCAUUCCAUAAUUGACUAUCCAAAGGUCUCUGCUUCUGUCCAUGAGUACAACAAGAAGCAGUUUAUCAAUUGGAAACAGAGUGUAGGACAGAACUACUCAAAUAUUAUUGCAAACCUUAGGUGGCAUCAAGACUGGUUAAAGGACCCAAAAAAGUAUGAACGUGCAAUUGAUAAGUGGCUUAAAUAGAACAUUUCUGUAUAGAAAAAAAAAUACAGAAAGGAAGGGUUGACUCUGUUAUAUAUCAUUUCUGUGAAAUAAAUUAGUAUAGUGAAUGCACUCAAGAAAUAAAAUUAUUAGAGUUGGGUACUUUGUGCCCAAAAGCUUGUCAAACUUCCUUCCCAAUUAUGUAGUUGUUCUAAUAAAAGAUAGUAGCAAUGCAGUAAUCCAAGGAUUAUCAUCACAACCUUAAUUUGAGAUCCUUUAAAGCAAUAAUCAUACAGGGCACGUCUACAUAUGACAUUGUUGCUGUCUACAUUGCUGUAGCAACGCACUAUGGCAAGAGUGUCCGCAGGCAAAACCUGUGACACCGCAGUUACAAUCACUGUAGCGAACGCGCUCCCCCAGUUGCAUUGCUAUGGCAACAUAGUGCCUAAAAAUAAAUCAGGCACAGUACCGGCUGUAACUGCGCCAUAGCAGCACGUGUAAAUGUGCCCACAGACUUGGAUUUUUCUUUUAGCAAGACAUGUAUUUUAUAUUAAUCAAUCAUGUUACCAAGUCUACAUUCAAUCAGAUGAAACUUUUAGUUCAAGAUUAAUCAGUUGUGAUAGUUGGGAAGGAAAGUGCAUAAAUAUAAAUUCAUUUCCAUAAAAUAGUCCUGAUUAUUGAGAAAAUGUAUGAUGCUUUAAGCAAUUAAACACUAAAACCCAAUGAGAAUUUGCAUGUAUAAGAGGCAUUAAGACCUCAGGAUAUGACAUAGUAGGGGACAGGUUAUGGUAAUGUAUCGUGACAUCAGGUUUGGGUCUGGAUAUAUUUGCCUGGGUCAGCGAGCAUACAGCUGUGAAAACAGCACCAGAAGGUAUAAUAAUUAGUACAGGUCUGAAAAAAAAUUCAGAGGUCCAUUCUUGUAUUUAUCAUUGCAACCUUCUCUAUGCAGACCCAGUGGGACUCUUCCUCUCCAGAAGUGUCUUAAUGGUUAGAAGCUGCCCACUAAGACUGGUGCCUGCUUUUGUGAACUUCUGAAUUAUAUACAGAUGACAAAAAAAUCACAGAACAACAAAUAUACAAACAGAAAAAACAAGGUUUUGUAUACUAGUGGAAACUAACCAAAACCCAAACGUGUGUGUAGAAAUUUAAGCAUCAGUAAUUGCUUCUGUGCAGCAGAAAAUAAAGACAGACUGUGUAAAGCCACAGUCCUGCUCUUAGCUCCUGCAGGUUGACAUUUAUUUCUUCAUGAAUCUGCAUGCAAAAUUAGGGCCUAAAAUAUACAAAAGAGAUAGGAUGCAGGGGAUGCCUAAAGGAAUGAUGAACUUAGUUGUUACUAUUCUGCAUCACAAUGUGGAGAUGUAUCACAGAAAAUAAGCAGUGCUAAAAAAAA